AUGUUUAUAGAAAGAGUCGUCAUAAAAUCGUUUGGACGAAAGGAAGAAAAUACGGCAAAUUUUAAGGCUCGUUAAAAAUAUUUUAAAUAAAAAUUUUACAAAUAUAAUUUUGAAACAUGUCUACUAUUUUUAAUGUGUUUAACAAUAUGAAUGAAAAUAGAUUGUCAACAACAGAACACUUGAAAGAAACAAGAUCAAUAAAUCAAACAGGUGGUAUAAUAGCUAAAUCAUUUGAUUAUUACAAACCAAAAGGUUUAUCAAUAAGAUCUAAGUCUGAUCAGAAUAUUCCAACAACUAGCAGUGCAAUGAUUUUUAAAAAGGAUGGUACCAAUAAUUCAUUUUUUUCAAAAAAUGAAUUGCCCAAUAAACAAUUACUUUAUGUGACCAAUGAAUUUUCAAAAGCAGGAUCAUUUGAAUUUAAUAAAGAGAAGAUAAUUGAAAAAAAUAUUUUCAAAGAACCAUAUAUAGAAGAGAAAGAGAAAAGAAGGAUAUUUCCAGAACCCGAAGUUUUAGCGCCGUAUUAUGAUCCAGAAUUAGAAUUAGAUGAUUAUAAUAUUGAUUUAGAAAAUGAAUUUAGCAAAUGUAUGUUGCAUGUAAGAGACGAUAUGGAUGAAGGAUUUGGAUCAGAACCUGAGGAACUUUCCUACCAUGAAAUACCAAAGCUUGAACUAUCUAUGCAUUUUUCUAACUAUGAAUUUGAAAGGUGUGGAUCUCCUGAUUUGCCAGAAAUAUCUGAUGAUGAAACUUUCUGAUUACAAUGACUGAAGAAAUUUAAUCUUAAAGAGUUGUGAUAAAAUAACAUUUUUAUCGAUUUAUCUGCUAUCCAUAUCACCAAUAACAAAUUUCAUUUGGUUUAAAACAUUAGAUUAUUAUAGAUCAUUUAAUAUAAUAUAAUAUAAUAUAAUAUAAUAUAAUAUAAUAUUAAUUUCUUUUUUUACUUUAAGCUA